AUGAGUAUGCUGGACCCACGUCAGUUUCUAAUGCCAGCAUUUUGCCUCGAUUCCGCUACUACAUCAAUUCUUAGUCAACAACCUUCGCAAAAUUCCGGUGGUGGAAAACUUACGCAUUCAUUUCGAAUUUCUGACCUAUUAGAGUCGUCCAGUGACAAGUCGGAACAAGUCGUGGAUAAAGUGAACCAGACCGUACCACCUGUCAAUCUCGGAACUCAUCCAGCCAUGUUACGUACAAUACAAACGGGCGAUUUUGAGCAAUUUGCAAGAAUUCGAGUGGAAAAUGAUGAUCUUCCACUCUUUAAGGUUUCUCUUUUAGAACAUUCAACAACGUCGCGCCCGGAAACGCCUGAGUCUGGUUGCUCACAGGUUCGAAGUAGUCCGAACGACACCAGCCCACUCGGAUCGAAGAAAGCCCGAAAAGCCAGGACCAUUUUCACCGAUAAACAAUUACAAGAACUCGAAUCUACCUUCGAGAAGCAAAAAUAUCUCAGCGUACAAGACCGCAUGGAUUUAGCACAACGCAUGGGACUUACAGACACACAAGUGAAGACGUGGUAUCAAAACCGAAGGUUUGUACUUUUUCGUUUAAUUCAUAUUUAUAUUACAGCUUAUUCUUAUAUGCAUGACUUUGGGUUACAAUGUACUUUACUUUUUCUCCCCGCUCCUUCUCAUGUCUUUAAUGCACGAAAUUUGCACUACGAUCUCGUGUCUAAUAUUCUCAAACGACAUCAAAACGCAUUCCGCGGCCCUGUCGCUCUAAUACAGAUGAUUAAAUUAGCGGCCUGCGUUCUAUUAUUCCUGCGCCUAUUAUUAGCACAAAGUAUCGCGUGUGUUGUUUUAGGUGAUGCGCCACCAUCUGGUGGCUACGGUAUGAAUGCUGCAUUUAUACCAACAACGGGUAUGGAGCUGUUGAAUGAAGCCGGAAACUUGGCGGCUGUGCAAAAUUUGCUACGCUCCAAUCCCUACUGGGCCGGCUACGUUGGCCAACUCGGUGGGUUCCCCACUCCGCUGCCUCUGAUGAUGGGCUUGCCGUUAUCCGCUGCUCUUCCAUCCGUUCCUCCCUCUCUUUCCUUUGUACUUCCUCCUUCAACUCAUGUUGUUCCCUCAAAAGAAACUACAUCCGUUGAUACAGAAACAACAGAUGCUAACUAG